UCACUGACAUACAGAGGCACACAGAGUGAAUGGAUGAGUGCAAGAGCAGGAAGCACAGAGAGAGAGAGAGAGAGGGAGAGAGAGAGAGAGAGCGCGUGCAAGUGAGACGAUCCAGCGCUCACACUUUCAGCUCAUACUGAGAAUAGAUGAACUGCAGAUCCACUGCUCUCCAGCUUCAUAUGGAAGUGUUGCAUUCCCUGCUUUCCUUGUUCACUUUGACCCGGGACCUCUUUAUUAAUUGGGAUAUUGUAGUGUGACAUGUUGCCCUCUUUCCUUGGGAGAAUCGUUACUUUUUUUGGAGUGUUUAUGCAUGUUUUCCUUUCGUCCGAGACUCUCGGUGCACUCCUUGGGGAAUGAUUAAGUACUGAGGACCGAGGAGGAGGAUUGCCUGCCUGCCUGCAUGUGUGUGGGACCCUUACAAAAAAAAGAAAUCUAAAGCUGAUCAAGUGACUUGAUAGAGGAAAGAAAUUAAAGUACUCUUUGGUCUUGUACAAUGGAUCUCCCUCCAUUUAGAGGUUUAUCUGAUGUGCCGUGAUUGGUGCGAGCCUUGUAUCCAAGUCUCUUCCCUAGUGGCACUGGUGACAUUAUGGAUUCAGCACCUUCUCUCAGGAUGGAUCGUGAUGGUUUGGACCUCCAGCAGGUCACUGUGCUGUCCAUAGAUCAGAUCCGUUUGAUAAGGGCCAGCAAUGACUAUGUCGAGCGUCCUGUAGCACUAGACCCCACUUCGCAGGUGGGUGUCUUCUAUACACACGAUGAAAGACAUCCUCAGAUGCCUCGCAGUCAGAGUCAGCACCAACAUGCCCACCUGGCUCACCUGAGUCGCUCUAGUACAAUCAGCUCCAUGUCCCGUGGCAGUGCUGCUUCGGACCAGAGACUUCUUUCAGGAUUAACAAGUUCCCAUUCCGGAUUGGCCUCAGUAGUGCGUUCUCAACCCAAGGGCGAUCUGAAACCAGAUUCGUUAAGUAAAGGCUUGGCUGAUGGAGAGGAUUUAGGCUUACAUCUGUUCAUCUGUGAACGCUGUAGCCGCUGCAAGUGCCAGGAGUGUUGUGCCCCUCGAAGCUUGCCCUCUUGCUGGGCCUGUGGCCAGCGAUGUCUGUGCUCAGCCGAGAAUGCCAUGGAGUACGGCACCUGCCUGUGCUGUGUGAAGGGUCUCUUUUACCACUGUUCGGCAGACGAUGAGGACAACUGUGCAGACCGACCCUGCUCCUGUGCCCCGGCUCAUGCCUGCUCCCGAUGGAGCACCAUGGCUGUUCUGUCUCUCUGCCUGCCCUGCUUGUGCUGCUAUCCUCCUGCCAAGCUUUGCCUCACUAUGUGCCAGCGUGGUUACGACCGUGCCACACGACCUGGCUGCCGCUGCAGCAACACUAACACCGUGUGCCGCAAGAUCUCCGCUUCUAACCCUGCACCUUUCCGCAAGACUCUAGACAAACCGGUAUGACACCAAGACGGCACUCCUUCUGUGAUCCCGUCACUGCAUUCCCCCUUUCGCAUUCCCGAGGAUACCAUGAAACACUGAACUUACUCACCUACACCCAACCAAUCAGGCCUAGCUACAUUACGUGCAAGAAAGGAAGCUUAUUGAUUAAAAAAAAGUGUUGUCUAUUUAUUUAUUUAUUUGACUUUCCUGGCUAAGACAGGUAAUGCUGUCCAUAUGUAACCUUUUACAGGGAGUAAGCUAUCAGAACAAAAAAAUCUGGUGCUGCGUUGGGUAAAAUGCAUCUUCCAGGCACAGUGCCAGGAAAUCAUCUUCAGCCAUACUGCGUGGACAGUGUAUGCAAAAUGGCUGAUGUUUGAUCCAAGGGGGACGUAGACUCCGAGCCAAAAAAAAAAAAAAAACAUUGAGUACAAACCAUUUUGGACACCAAAAAAAAAAAAAGGGACCA